UGGUGCGCGUCAGCCCUGUGCACGCGCCCUCUCCCCGGGCUGCCCCGGCAGGUGCGUGGUCGACGUCGCGCCCCAACCUCGCAGCGAUGGGGGUUCCCAAGAGGAAGGCCCGGGGCCGCCAGGACGGGGCGGCCUUGCCGGCGGGAGCAGCCAAGCGGGCCCGCCAGGAAGAGCUCACGGGCGUGCAGUUCAAGGCCCAGCUGAGGGACCCGCAGGGCGCGGCUGCGGCCUUGGAGGCGUUCGUGUCCGCUGCCCGGAAGCUGCCGAGCGAGGACGUGUAUGAUGUGGUGGAAGGGUACAUAAAGAUCUCCGUCGAGUGCGCCGAGGUCUUCCAGCUCCUGAGUGGGGAGAAGCGGCCCGAAAGUGAAAUGCUGUUAAUAUUUCAAGUUUUUGAAGCCAUCCUGCUGAGGACAGCCAGCGAUCUGUCGCAUUUUCACGUCGCGGGCACCAACAUCGUGAAGAAGCUGCUGAACAACCACAUGAAGCUCAUCUGUGAGUCCCUGUAUGCCUCGGGGUACAGGAUGGCUCGAGCCUGCCUCAACAUGAUGGCCGCCAUGGUGACCCAGGGUCCUGAAGCUGCCAGGGACGUCUGUGGCCACUUUGAUUUGAAUAAGAAGACCUUGUACACCCUGGUGACCAAGAGGGAUUCAAAGGGAGUGCCCGACGUCCGGCUGGCCUACAUCCAGUUUGCUCUGUCCUUCUUGAUCGCUGGUGACGACAGCACCAUAGCGCAGGUGCUGGAGCUGAAAGAGUUUAUUCCUUGCAUUUUUAGCUCCGGCAUAAAGGAAGAUAGGAUUUCUACCAUCAAUAUUUUGUUGUCCACAUUGAAAACAAAGGUAGUUCACAGUAAAAGUAUCACGAAGACCCAGAAGGUGCAUUUCUUUACCGCACAGUUGUUGAGCCACAUAGCGUCUCUCUACGCCUGGAAUGGGAUUGUCGACGUGAACCCGGAGAACACAGAGAUGUCUGCUGAAGAGGCCGGGAAGGCCAUGGUGCGGGAGCUGGUGCACAGCUUCCUGCUGGAUCUGUGCUGUUCACUCAAGCAUGGCAUUAACUUCUAUGAUGCGUCUUUGGGCACCUCUGGCAGAGGAGGAAACCUGACCCUGCUGCACUUCCUGCUGGGGUUGAAAACCGCCGUGGACGACGAGCUGGUGGCCGAGCUGGUGGUGAACAUCCUCCGGGUGUGCCCGGACUUGCUGAACAAGUACUUCAAGGAAGUGACGUUGUCCUUCCUGCCCAGAGUGAAGGCCACGUGGCAGAACAACAUCAGGCUCCUGAGCAAGAUCUACGAGGCCCAGCCGGAGAUUUCCCGGGCAUUUCAGACCCGAGAGUUUAUCCCCUUGCCACGGCUCCUGGCCAUGGUGAUGGUGACCACUGUGCCCCUGGUCUGCAACAAGAUCAUGUUCACCCAAGCAUUAAAUUUGGACAGCAAGUCUGUGAAGCACACGGCUUUAUCCCUUGUUUCUGUCAUUUUGAAAAGAGCGUUAAAAACCAUUGACCACUGCCUGGACAAAGAGGUGUGGCAGGAGCCAGGCGUGUACACGGCCGCGAUGAUGGACGAGUUUGUGCAGCUCUUCAGAGAGGCCCUGAGCAAGAUCUUGCCAGACCUGAACACUAUCGUGUGGGUCUGGCAGUCCCUGAAAAAACAAGAGACAAAACAGGAUGACCGGAAAGGGAAGAGAGUGGGUGACAGGGCUGCGGCGGCCCGGGAGGCUCAGUGUGACGAUGCGGAAACUAUUCUCUUGAAAGCCGUGCUGCUCCAGGUCAUCUGCCUCUACCAGAAGGUGGUGCCCCACGUGGUCACCCAGUACAACUUUGACUUCAGCAAGCUCCUGAAAGGGAUCAUCUCCGAGCAGGGCCUUGGGGAGGAGGCACCCCCCAUUCUGCAGCACCACAUGCUGAAGGUGGCCCUGGAGCUGCCUGCCAACAAGUUUCUGUGGCUGAAGGCACAGGAAGGCCCAGACACAGAAAGUGUGGCAGAGCGAUCCGUGUUCUACCUGCUGAUGAAGAUGUUUGUGACCAGUAGCCACUUCCAGCUGAAGUCGUCGACCCAGCUUCUGAUCAUGAAGAUCCUGCGGGACACGGGGGUGUUUGAGCACACCUGGAGGGAGCUGGAACUCUGGCUGGAGCAUUUGGACAACACGGCGGAAGAGCGCAAAGAGGCCGUGAUUCAGUUUCUGGAACGUGUCUUGUUGACUUUGGUGGCGAAUCCCUAUUCCUACACAGACAAAGCAUCUGACUUUGUCCAGGAAGCCAGCACGCUGCAGGCCACCAUGACGAAGCAAGACGCCGACGACGUCAGCAUCCCUGUCUCUCACAUCGAUGAUGUUCUCUACAUGGUGGACGUCCUGGUGGAGGGCAGUGAAGGCUUGGAUGAAGAAAUAGGGUUCUUGUUAAACGAAGACAUGAUCCUGCUCACUUUUCCGUUCAGCGCGGUGGUUCCCGCAGCCCUGGAAGCCAGGAAUAAACUGCUCCUUGGGAAGGAGAAUGAAACAGGGGAAGGCAUCGUGGCGUAUUUGACCGCAGUGCUGACCGACCUCCUGCACUCGCAGAGGGACCCCCUGGCCCUGUGUCUUCUGCUGCAGGCGUAUGACAAAUUUGAACCUCCAGGCCCGCCCUGCUGCCAUCAGCUCUCCCGGUUUCACAGAUACUACAGCCUGUGGAUCCCUGAGCAAGCCCGAGAGGCUGGGCCGCUGCAGGUGUCGGAUGGCCCUGUGCCCCACGCUACGCCCUCGGCCUCCAGCUUCCCUGCCUUGCUGCAGGCAGCCUACGAGAGCCAGAUGCUGCAUGAUGAGCACGUACAGGCGCAGCUGCAGGCCGCCCUCCCGCACCUCCCCCUGCGCCAGAUCCCACGCUCGGCCAAGCAGGCACUGCUGUACUUGCGGAGCACCGUGGACAACUUCGCUCAGCUGGGCAGAAGCGCGGGGCCUCCCCUGCUGCUGCUCCUCCUGGACCUCCUCAGGCGCCUGGUUGUCCACUGUGAGCAGCUGGAUGCCCAGAACCGGCAGAAGUGCGAGGCCGCCCGGGCUGAAUCCGACCUCUUUCUGGACAUGGAGUCCAUGGCCGCGCUGGAGUUGGCCAACGACCAGACCCUGGAGGAGGUGCUGGUGGCCGUCCUCAGACACCCCACGCUGGAGGGCUGGUUCCUGGCCCUGGAGCAGCAGGCCCUGCCCCCACACACCCUCAGCCCCGUCCUUGUGAAGCUGCUCGCAGCCCACUCCAGUGCAGGGGUCCUUCAGCUGCUGGGGUCGUGUGCCCCGAUCCUGCAGAACAUGGGUCAGCUGGGCCUCCUCUCCAAGUACUCGGAGGCCAUCACUCAAAGCGUGCUCAGAGAGCUGCGAGCGAGGAGGGCAGGCCCAGCGCCGUCGUCACCCAAGACCCUGCCUCAGCUGGAGGCCCUGCGGGAGCUGCACCCGUACAUGGAAGGCACCCAGCUCCGCGAGGUCACACUGGCCCUGUUGGGCCUGCCUGAGGCCCACCUGCUGGCCCAGCGCCCCACAAAGUCCGCCGGGGAGGAGAAGCGCCUGAGCACUCUGGGGCAGACCCUGGUGCAGCUGCUCACCAGCAGCCCCCAGGACCGGCUGCGGAGUGGCGAGCUCCUCUGGUCCUCGGAGUACGUGAGAGGCCUGGGGGCUUUGCUCCCCGCGCUGGCCGUGGAUGAGCUGGACGCCGUGUUCCUCCGCGCUCUGCAGAGAGACCCAGUGCUGGCGCCCGUGGCCGGGGCCGAGCUGCUGCACUACUGCCUGGCCCGGCGGACACAGGCCACCCUCGGCAUCGCCGCGCUGCUCCUGCAGCAGAGCUGCACGCACCUGCUGGGUUUCGAGCUGUGGUGCAGGCAGCCCGGCGCCGGGAGCGGCCUGCGAGAGAACCCAGAUGACUUCCUGCCCCUCGUCCACGAGUACCUCCGGUGCCGCACGCGGGGGCUCUUCGCACGCCCAGCAGGAGUGUCCUCCGCUGUGGUUCCUGUCCUGAGGAAGGCGCUGUGGAGGCGGCUGCAAGAUAGGCUUCUCUGUGCCGACGACUCCCCGGCAUCGGACCUGCACCACGAGGUCCUGGCCCAGCUGGUCCCGUUCGCGAGAGCCAAGGAUCUCCACGUUCUCAUGGGCCAGCUGCCCGGCUUGCUGCAGGCUCCGGGCACUCACAAGGGUUGGAGCAUGGCGGACUCCAUCUCGGCGGCCCUGGAGGGCUCGGCAGAAGAGCUGGCUGCCUGGAGGAAGACCCUGCUGGAGUGCUGUAUCAAGUGGCUGGUCGUGUCUUUCAGCGGGAGCCCCCAGGGUGAUGACGGCGCCCAGGACCAGGAGAAGCAAAUGCUGCUCAGACUGACUGAGUUGCUGCACGCAUGUAACGAAGUUGAUCCCGGGGACUGGCAGAAAUUUGUGAAGACAGGACUCAAGUCUCGAUACCGGGACCACACGUUUCUGAAGACCCUCUGUGCGGCCACCCAGCUCCUGUACGCCCCCGGCAGCACCGGGCACACGACGCUUGUCCAGCUCCCGCUGCUCCACACCAUGCUCACCCAGCACUCCCUGUUCCUGCCCACGCUCCUGAAGUCUGAAGAGGAGGACGUCCCUGACACCCAAGUGAAAGAAGCCCUGGUGGACCUGAUGCUGAUGGUGGUGAGGAUGUGUCCCUCUGUGUGUGAGAGCAGCCACUUCGCCGUGCUUCUCGGGGCCUACGGUGCCACCCUCAGUGUCCUAGACCAGAAAAUUUUACUUCUGCUCCGGGCGUAUGAACAGAACAACAUCAGCCUCAUCGACUUCAGGGUGCUGCUGUGGGGCCCGGCGGCCGUGGAGCAUCACAAGACGUGCCGCAGCCUGGGCAAGUCGCUGUGGCAGCAGCCGAGCCCUGGAGACAUCCUGCGCCUGCUGGAUCGCGACCGCGUCUUGCAGACCAUCCUGCACUUCCCGCAGCGCCGGAAGCUGCUGCCGCCCGAGGACGAGCAGGAGCCUGUGUUUGAAGACAAGAACGUGAGGGUGGAUCUCGGUGGCCUCUACGACCCCUGCUUUCUCCUCCAUCUCUUCAGUGAACUGACCAGGCCCGAAUUUGUGGUGGAUUGUCGAAAAUUUUUGGAUUCAAACGCACUGGGCCUAACGGUCAUGGCCCUCAGCAGCUACGACCCCCAGAUGCGAGCCGCGGCCUACUACAUCCUGGCAGCCUACUACUCACACCUGGAGGGGGCCCGGUUCCGAGAGCAGCCCCAGGUUCUUUACCUGAUGGAUGUGGUCCGGAACGGGAUUCGAACUCAGAACAUGAGGCUCACCUUCACCCUGGCUCUCUUCAUUGCCAAAGCAGCCCUGCAGAUUUUGAAACCAGAGGAGCACAUGUACUUGAAGAUCAGCAAGUUCCUGCUGUCCCACGAGUACCUGAACAUGGACAAAGUGCCAGGCUUCUACCAGUUCUUCUACAGCUCUGACUUCCAGCACAAACAGGAGCAGGAGUGGGUGCUGGGGAUCCUGCACGAGGGCAUCCGCGACAAGCACUGCUACGAGCUGUACGCCCGGCGGGGGGUCUUCCGCAUCCUGCUGGCCUUCUUCUGUAGCCCCUUGUGUGACCACGUGGCGCAGAACUGGAUUCUAGAAAUCCUGCAGAGUGCUGCGCAGGUCGCCAGGUCUGCCUAUGAGGUCAUCCGGGACUACAGCCUUCUGACCUGGAUUUUACACAUCCUCGAGAACAAGUUCCUGGAGACCCCGCUGCUGUCCAGCGUGAUCGCCUUGCUACACACGCUGUGGGUGACCAACCUGGGAGACAAGGGAGUGGAGGGCGACAAGCAGCCUGCUGGCCAGCCUGGGGCCCAGGAGCCCCCCAAGAUGCUCGCCCUGCACCUGGUCAGCGAGUUCCUUUACGUCCUCAUCACACUCCUGAAGCACUUGAGGCCCACCCUGGCCCCCGCCCAGCUGACCAGCUUCUUCGGGACCCUCGCCUCGGUGCUGAGGUACCAGGCCACCGUCCUGCAGGCCUUCAGGGACAUGGACCGCUUCACCGUGAACGAAACCGUGCUCUCUGCCAGGGACGUCCUUGUCCUCCUGCACAAGUGGAGCCUCAUCGACGGGGACGCCAGGCUCCAGGAAGACCUGAGGGCGGUCGUCGAGCGGUGCCAAGUCCGGGAGCUCGUGAAAAUGCUCAAGGAAAAGAGCAAGCCCGCUGGGCCAGCCCGAGCCAGAGGCCCGCGCGGCCGGAAGAGGAGGCUGGGGGAGGCGGAGGAGAUGGCCGACCCUGAGCUGAAGGCGUCCAGCUUGGAGACGUGCCGCGGCCACCUGCGCUCCAUACUGACCCACUGGGGGCCGGUGGUCCCCGCCGCCCCUGCCCAGGAGCCCUGCGAGAGCGAAGCCACAGCCGCCCUGGUGGUCAGCUGGGUGCUGCGGUCGCUGGCCGGGCGUCCGCUCCCCAGGCUGGAGGCCGCGGGGCUCCUGGGCUGGCUCCGGAGCCACAUUCUGCCGCACCCGGCGGUGGUGGCCGGCCUCCUCAGGGACAGCGCUGUGAGGAGCGGCCUGUUUGUGCUGUACAGCCAGCUCUGCGGGGCCGAGGGCCUGGCCGGGCCCGCGCAGGACGUGACCUGCCUCUUCAACGCCGUCAUGCUGCAGCUGCUAGCGGCCGGGGCCACCGCGGCCAGCCCUUGGCACCCGGAAGUCGAGGCGCUGUGCGCUUCCUGUCUGCCCGAGAAGGACGAGGCCUCUCGAGGCUCUGCGGCCUUCCUGGUGUCCCUGUACGUCAAGGACCUGUGGCUGGGGGCCCCGCAGCCCGACACCCUCCGCGCCCACGUGCGCAUGGUCUGUGAAGCCGCAGAGCGUGCCCCGGGCGCCGGCGAGGAAGCCAUCGUGGCGCUCUGCAUGGGCCUCGCCGCCUCUCGGCCCGGGCGCCAGGGUCAGCGGGACUGACAGGGAAGCCACGGCCACGGCGGCGGCAGGUGCGGCGCGGGGACUGAGUUCCCAGACAAGGCCAGGUGAGGGGGCUUCACCCGCCACGGCCCGGGGGCCCCGCCCUGCAGGUGACACCCGCUGAGGGGACGUGGGCCAAGCAGGCGGCAUCACGGGCGUGAAGCUGCAUUGCAGACACGUCGGGUGGGUUAGGAAGCACGGAGAGAGACGGCUUUCCUUCCGUGAGAAGCCAGAGCAGGUUCCGCGGGAGUUGUAGGAAAGCGAGCUCCUGCCGUCCCUACACGGAAGGAUGACACCGAAGCCCUCCCGGCGCCGUGGCCCUGCAGGGGAGGGGCGCCACGGCUCAGAGGAGGUCUGCGUUUUCUCAGCUUUGGCUAAUAAAUGUCUAUUUUUGU